AUGGGAUGCAUUUGUGGAACAGUGCCAAGGAAAAACUAAAUUAUGUCUAUGAAGACGAGAAAUAGGGAUGAAGUGUUUACUUCAACAGAAGAUAUUCAAAAAAUCUAUAUUUUUGGUAAAGUUCUUGGAGUUGGUUCUUUUGGAAAAGUGGUAGCAGCAAAAAUGAAGAGCAAUCCUUUGAAAAGAUAUGCUAUAAAAAUUAUAGAAAAGAGAAAAGUUAAAGGAAGAGAGGAUAUUUUAGCAAAUGAAAUUUACAUACUAUAGAAGUUAGAUCAUCCUAAUAUUAUAAAAUUCCAUGAAGUCUAUUAAAAUAGGUUGAACUUUUAUAUUUGUAUGGAUUACUGUUAAGGAGGAGAAUUAGUUGAUUGGAUUCCUAAAAAAUAUAAGAAUUUUCAUGAAAGCAAUAUUUAGGAAAUAAUGAGGAAAAUCAUAUCAGCAGUAGCAUAUGUUCAUGACGAAGGAAUAGUGCACAGAGAUAUUAAGGCUGAAAAUAUUAUGAUAACUAAUAAAAAUGAAGACGCAGAACCUAAAUUAAUUGAUUUUGGAUUAGCAAAUAAAUUUGAUAGCACGAAGUUAAGAAGAUUGAAAUCUUUUGUUGGAACACCAAUGUACAUGGCACCAGAAGUUAUUUAGGGGAAAUACGAUGAAAAAUGUGAUAUAUGGUCUUUGGGUGUUCUACUUUUUACAUUACUUUCAGGUCAUAUGCCAUUUCAUGGUGAAACCAAAGAAGAAUUGUAUGAUAAUAUUCAAAGAUCAAAUAUUGGAUUUACUUCAAAUGCAUGGAAAUUUGUGAGUAGUGAAGCCAAGGACAUAAUCAGAAGAAUGUUAUAAAAGAGUCCCUAAUUAAGACCCUCAGCUAGGAUGUUAUUAAAACACGAUUGGUUUAAGAAAAAGUUAUAAUCUAAUGAAAAAAUAGCAUAGGAUUAACUUUAAUAAUUUAAAAACUAGCUUUCAUCAUCACCUUCUAUAUUGGAUAAUAGAUCCGUCUACGAGAUGUUAUAAUAAAAUGCUUAAAAAGGUGGAAGUAAAUUCAGAAAAGAAGUGAUGACUUUACUGGUUAAAUAGCUUAACGAAUAAGAAUUACACAAUUUGAUAGAAAAAUUUAAAUAAAUUGAUACAGACAAUUCAGGCACUAUCACCAUUUUUGAGUUACGUUAAGCCUUAAUAGCAGAAGGUUCAUCUGUAAGUCAUGAAGAAGUAGAAAAACUUUUACAAAAUAUUACUCCCAAACAUAAUUAAACUUAGGAUGGAAAUAAAAAAUCAAGGCCUUCUCUAGAAUUAAAAUAUAGUGAAUUUUUAGCAUCUUGCAUAGAUGAAAGGAAGUUUCUUACUAGAGAAAAAUUAUGGUCUUUAUUUAAGUUUUUUGAUACAGAUAAUUCGAAUUUCAUUACAAAAGAUGAUAUUAAAGAAGCUUUUGCAAGAAAUUCAAAGUCUUUCACAGAUGAUUAAAUUGAUGAAAUGAUAGCUGAAAUUGAUCCAAAUCAUGAUAAUAAAAUUAGUUUUGAAGAAUUUUGUUAAAUGUUUGACAAUGCAGGAAUUUAUUAAAACUUGGCUGAUGAUGAUGAAAUAAUGGAAUGA